AUGCAGACCUACGAGCUGUGCUGUGACAUGAUUGACUUGAUCAGAGACAUCUCCUGCAUCUACAGAUACUUGAAGUGGCUCCUCCAGUCUCCCCCUACCCCCACCCCGGUCCCAGUCCCCCCGGUCUUCAACCCAGCCCCUGUCCCAGUCCCUCCGGUCUUCACCCCCACUCCUGUCCCAGCCCCUCCGGUCUUCACCCCAGACCCUGUCCCAGCCCCCCCGGUCUUCACGCCAGCCUCUGUCCUACUAGUCCCCCCGGUCUUCACCCCAGUCCCUGUCCUAGUCCCCCGGACUUCAACCCAGUCCCAGCCUCAUUCCCCCGAUCACCGCCCCAGUCCCCCGGUCUCCACCCCAGCCCCAGCCCCAGUCCCCCGGUCUCCACCCCAGUCUCCCCGGUCUCCACCCCAGUCCCGCCGGUCUCCACCCCCCAGCCCCAGCCCCAUUCCCCCGGUCUCCACCCCAGUCCCCCGGUCUCCCGGUCUCCACCCCAGUCCCGCCCGUCUCCACCCCAGCCCCAUUCCCCCGGUCUCCACCCCAGUCCCCCGGUCUCCACCCCAGUCUCCCGGUCUCCACCCCAGUCUCCCGGUCUCCACCCCAGUCCCGCCGGUCUCCACCCCAGUCCCCCGGUCUCCACCCCAGUCCCCCGGUCUCCACCCCAGUCCCCCGGUCUCCACCCCCAGUCCCGCCCCGGUCUCCACCCCAGCCCCAGCCGCCCCGGUCUCCACCCCAGUCUCCCGGUCUCCACCCCAGUCGCCCCGGUCUCCACCCAGUCCCCCGGUCUCCACCCCAGUCUCCCCGGUCUCCACCCCAGCCCCAGCCGCCCCGGUCUCCACCCCAGUCUCCCCGGUCUCCACCCCAGCCGCCCCGGUCUCCACCCCAGCCGCCCCGGUCUCCACCCCAGUCCCCCGGUCUCCACCCCAGUCCCCCCGGUCUCCACCCCAGUCCCUCUGGUCCCACUAA